AUCGUCUAGAUAGACGACUAUCAAAAUCAAUGUUUGAUCCCGCUCCAUGUGAAGAAAGGGACUUCUCUGACUGACACCUGGCCUGAUCAGCUAUUUAUCACUUCAAGAACUUGAAAACGUAUGUAAUGAAAAGUCAAUAACUCCGUUCAGUGGCCGAGGGAGGAGGGGAACAGUAAGGAGGAAAGGGGCGAGCGAACAAAGAGGGAGGCUGAGACAAAAAAAAGGUCCCGUGGUCCCGGAAGGAGCAAUGGAUGCGAUGGGGGAGAUGCCCGUCCACGGCCACUCGGAGCUGUCGCACUCCCAGGAAGGGCGGGCGAUGCUGCAUUCGAGGGAACUCUCAGCUGCCUUUCCGCGCCCUCCGCUUGGGGGGUCCUCCAUGGGCCUGGAGCCCCCUGGCCUGGAGCACUCGCUCUCCUCGUUGGGCUACGGGGGCGAGCCGCCCAGCAGCUGUGGCAGCACGUACACAACCCUAACACCGCUGCAGCCCCUGGAGGAGAAGUUCCACCACCCGCAUCACCCGCAUCACCCGCACCCGCACUCCUGCCUGCCCGUCAGCAACGUGAUCGGCAGCUUCACGCUCAUGCGUGAGGACAGGACCCUUGGGGGCAACUUCUACAACACCUACGGUAAAGACUUGUCCCCUUCGCCUGCCGGUUCCGGCCUGGGCACCGUCGCGCACAGCUACGGCACCAUGGGUGCCGGCCCCGGGGGUGGGCAGGUGCUGCCCGGAGGGUACGAGGUUCACCUGCCUGGCAGCGGCGGCGGAGGUGGCAGCAGCCGGGGAAACAUCUUCUGCAGGACGGCUGAGUUUGCGCGAGAGAUGUCCCCGCCGGCACUAGGCGACCUGGGCGCUGCACUUCAGCUCAGCAAGAUGGAAGUUCCCCACCACCCCCAGCACAUCCACCCGCCCCCUAUGUACGGACACCCCUACCAGCACCCCCCCCUGGGUCGACGGGCCCCUUCCUCGCCCCUCGACGAGGACUCAUCGCCCAGCCUGCACACCGCCGGUGGAGGAGAAGGCAGCGGCAGUUGUGCCGGGGAGGAGAUCAACACCAAAGAGGUGGCGCAGAGGAUCAUCACGGAGCUCAAGAGGUACAGCAUCCCGCAGGCCAUCUUCGCCGAGCGGGUGCUCUGCCGCUCCCAGGGCACGCUCUCAGACCUCCUGCGGAACCCGAAACCCUGGGGCAAGCUCAAGUCCGGGCGCGAGACCUUCAAGAGGAUGUCCCGCUGGCUCCAGGAGCCCGAGUUCCAGCGGAUGGCCACGCUGCGCUUGGAAGCCUGCAAGCGAAAGGAGCAAGACCAGGGCAAGCUGGAGCGCAACCAGGGGCCCAAGCGCACGCGGCUCGUCUUCACGGACCUCCAGCGGCGCACCCUCAUGGCCAUAUUUCGGGAGAACCAACGGCCCACCAAGGACCUGCAGCUCACCAUCUCCCAGCAGCUGGGCCUGGAGCUUUCCACGGUCAGCAACUUCUUCAUGAACGCCCGCCGCCGCAACCUGGACCGGUGGGCCGACGAGGGCCGCCCCUCCUCCACGGGCUCCAGCGGCUCCGGCUCCACGGUGUCCUGCAGCACGGCGUGA